AUGGGGCCUUUCUCUUCGGUGUUGAUGCCGGGGACACCUGUGACGUUUGCUGUGGUUAUUGGCAAGGAAAACAAACCGCAAGCGUAUGAUGUGCAGCCCAUGGAUGGAUUGUUGGCAGAGAGCACCAUCCACAAUGUUAGUGAGAGCAUGGUCGACAUGAGUCAAAUGAGCCAAAUGGCAACCUUCCCUGGUGCCUUCACCGGGCUGGGAGGCUUCCAAGAUCCCUUCACAGGCUUCGGGCACACGGAAAUUCCGCCCAAGACGGCGCCUGCGGCGGCCAAGCGCAAGUGGGAGGAUGUCACAGCGGAACUGGGCCGCUUCCGCGGAGUGGUGAAGAGCUUUAACGGCGCCAAGGGCUUUGGGUUCAUCAUCAGUGAGGAGCUGCAAGCGCACGGCUACACGCAGGAUGUUUUUUUGAGCCAAGCGCACACGCCAGCGACUGCGCAGGCUGGCUCCAACGUGAGCUUCACGGCUUUCCUCAAUGAGAGGAGCCAACCCCAAGCGAAGAAUGUGGAGCUGAUUUGA